UUUGGUGUGAAGAAGAUGGGGAAGCUAGUGUCUGAGAUAAACAUAAGGUGGAAAGGAGAUGUUUUCCAACUAUUUUUAUUUCCCAACCAUUUCUCCAACAUCUGCCCCGACAUCAUCCAUAGUGUUGAUUUGGUGGCUGGCCAAUGGGGCACUGUCGAUUCCAUCAUUCUCUGGAACUACAAUAUUGGGGGAGGAAAAAGUGUUGCAAAAGAGAUAAUUGAGGUCGUGGACAAGGAGAAGAAAUCAAUAAGGUACAAGGUGAUUGAAGGGGAUGUGAUGCAAGUGUAUAAUGAAUUCAAGAUUUCUGUGGAUGUGAACGCCAUUACUGAAGAGGACAACCUAGUCACUUGGACUAUUGACUACAACAAAAAGAGUGAAGCAAUGCCUGAACCCACCUUCAUCUUGGAAGCUGGCCUUGCUAUGACCAAACAAAUUGAGAAUCAUCCCAUCAUCUUUCCUAAUUAAGAUCAUCAUUAUUAUAAUGAUUGAUCCAUCCCAUAACUUUAUAGUAUUGUAUAUGCACUUUUGUGAAUUAGUGAAUAAGACAUUUUAAAUGUCGAUCUUCAUGUAUUGCAUGUUCCUCUAUAAAUGGUUGUUUUGUCUUUA